GAAAUGAACCUCUCUUAUUGAUGUUUUUUUGGCCUGGAGCCAGGAACACUGGAUUUAGUUGACUUUACAAUAAAAAGAAAGCAGUACUGGUUGUCAUCACAAACAUACGAACCAGUGUGAUGGUGAAAUGAGAUGAGGCUCCGAAAUGGAACUGUGGCCACUGCUUUAGUAUUUGUCACCUCAUUCCUUACGUUAUCCUGGUAUACUACAUGGCAAAAUGGCAAAGAAAAACUAAUUGCUUAUCAACGAGAAUUUCUUGCUUUGAAAGAACGUCUUCGAAUAGCUGAACAUAGAAUAUCACAGCGUUCUUCUGAGUUAAAUACCAUUGUACAGCAGUUCAAACGUGUGGGAGCAGAAACAAAUGGAAGUAAGGAUUCACUGAAUAAAUUUUCAGAUAAUACUCUAAAGCUGUUAAAGGAGUUAACAAGCAAAAAAUCUCUUCAAGUGCCAAGUAUUUAUUAUCAUUUGCCUCACUUAUUGCAAAAUGAAGGAAGCCUCCAGCCAGCUGUUCAGAUUGGCAAUGGAAGAUCUGGAGUUUCAAUAGUAAUGGGAAUUCCCACUGUGAAGAGAGAAGUUAAGUCUUACCUCAUAGAAACUCUUCAUUCCCUUAUUGACAAUCUAUAUCCUGAAGAGAAGUUGGACUGUGUUAUAGUAGUCUUCAUAGGAGAGACUGAUAUUGAGUAUGUACAUGGUGUUGUGGCCAACCUGGAGAAAGAGUUUUCUAAAGAAAUCAGUUCUGGCCUAGUAGAAGUAAUAUCUCCUCCUGAAAGCUAUUAUCCUGACUUGACAAACUUAAAGGAGACAUUUGGGGACUCAAAAGAAAGAGUAAGAUGGAGAACAAAACAAAAUUUAGAUUAUUGUUUUCUAAUGAUGUAUGCUCAAGAAAAGGGCAUCUAUUACAUUCAGCUUGAAGAUGACAUUAUUGUGAAACAGAAUUAUUUUAAUACCAUAAAAAAUUUUGCACUUCAACUUUCUUCUGAAGAAUGGAUGAUUUUAGAGUUUUCCCAGCUGGGUUUCAUUGGUAAAAUGUUUCAAGCACCGGACCUCACUCUGAUUGUAGAAUUCAUAUUUAUGUUUUAUAAAGAGAAACCCAUUGAUUGGCUUUUGGAUCAUAUUCUCUGGGUGAAAGUCUGCAACCCUGAAAAAGAUGCUAAACAUUGUGAUAGACAGAAGGCAAAUCUGAGAAUUCGCUUCAGACCUUCUCUUUUCCAACAUGUCGGUCUGCAUUCUUCACUAACAGGAAAAAUUCAGAAGCUCACGGAUAAAGAUUACAUGAAACCAUUACUUCUUAAAAUCCAUGUGAACCCACCGGCAGAGGUCUCGACUUCCAUGAAGGUCUACCAAGGACACACACUGGAGAAAACUUACAUGGGAGAGGAUUUCUUCUGGGCCAUCACUCCAGUAGCUGGAGACUAUAUCUUGUUUAAAUUUGAUAAGCCAGUCAAUGUGGAAAGUUAUUUAUUCCAUAGUGGGAACCAAGAACAUCCAGGGGAUAUCCUGCUAAAUACAACUGUAGAAGUUUUGCCUUUUAAGACUGAAGGAUUGGAAUUAAACAAAGAAACCAAAGAAGAAAAACGGUUAGAAGAUGGUUAUUUCAGAAUAGGGAAAUUUGAAAAUGGUGUUGCAGAAGGAAUGGUGGAUCCGAGUCUAAACCCCGUUUCAGCCUUUCGACUAUCAGUUAUUCAUAACUCUGCUGUUUGGGCCAUUAUUAAUGAGAUUCAUAUUAAAAAAGUCACCAACUGAAUCAUCUCCUAAGAAACUGAUACAUUUUUUUCCCUGUGAAUUUGUUUAAAGAUAGAUAAGCAUGUACUUUUUUUUUUUAAACUUGAACACUACCUCUUGUGAAAUCUACUGUAGAGAAGAAGACUGUCAUUUCCACUUGGAAAGUGAAUCUCCCAUGGAUAACUUUAUUCAUUUGAGCCUAAGCUGUCCUCCAAUUUUAACUUGACUCAAACAUUUUACAGUCAUGACAGCCUGUUAUUAUGACUUGGACUAUUUUGGUAUUAUACUAAUACAUAAGAGUUGUACAUAUUGUUACAUUACUUAAAUUUGGAAAAAAAAUUAAGUUUAAGAACAUUUUAUGAAGGGGGUACUUUUGAAGUUCAUUUAUUUUACUA